AGUUCGCUGCACGGAACACGUAACGUUGAGUAAGAUGCAGCGCGGGGGACUCAUUUGAGUGACGUACAAGAAUAGUCGCGAAUGGGACGGUUGAUGUUUAAAUAGCGCAGGCGUUGUAUUUUGGAGGAAUGUCAACGCUCUUCCCCUCUUUGUUCCCUCGAAUGACUGAGACCCUCUGGUUUAACUUAGAUCGACCAUGUGUAGAUGAGAAUGAACUUCAGCAGCAGGAGCAGCAACAUCAGUCCUGGCUACAAAGCAUUGCUGAGAAAGACAACAAUUUGGUGCCUAUUGGAAAACCAGCCUCAGAGCAUUAUGAUGAUGAAGAGGAAGAAGAUGACGAAGACGAUGAAGACAGUGAAGAAGAUUCAGAAGAUGAUGAAGAUAUGCAGGAUAUGGAUGAAAUGAAUGACUAUAAUGAGUCUCCAGAUGAUGGGGAGAUAAAUGAGGUGGAUAUGGAAGGGGCUGAUCAGGACCAGGACCAGUGGAUGAUCUAGACUCUCUUUUUCUACAGAGAUCCCAACAAUAGGAUGGAGCUUGGCAUAGGAAAGAGGACACUCUGUUUCACUUUGAAGAUGGUUUCAUUUCUACAGUACAUCAAUAUACCGGAAGGCUUGGGCACUCUGUUUUGGUCAAGAACAUUUUCCUUCUGGAGAGGUGUAAUAGUGCAAUUUCAUUUUGCUACUGUAAAUGUCAACAAGACUUGUUGGACAUUUUCCAUCUUCCUCAAAUGUACAGUUAUUUAUUUUUAAUUGAUUGCACAUUAAUUGGAAAGUUAAGAAUUGUGCCUCUUGAAAUGUAAUAUUGAACCAGAGUAACAAGAAUUGUUUUAUAACUGUAGCCAUAAAGAAGAUUUUGUUUAUAAGCCUGAGAGAUAUGCUUUGUUUUUUGAUUUACAGAUCUAAUAAAUUACUUUUUUACGGUA